UGAGGAAGCAUGUUUUUUUGUAUUUCAGGGACGAUUUGUAACCCUGGACCUCGGAAGUCUAUGUCUAAGCUGCUUUACAUCCGGCUGGCACUCUUUUUUCCAGAGAUGGUCUGGGCCUCUCUGGGGGCCGCCUGGGUGGCUGAUGGUGUUCAGUGCGACAGGACAGUUGUGAACGGCAUCAUCGCAACCGUCGUGGUCAGUUGGAUCAUCAUCGCUGCCACGGUGGUUUCCAUUGUCAUUGUCUUUGACCCUCUGGGGGGGAAAAUGGCUCCAUAUUCAUCUGCUGGCCCCAGCCACCUGGAUAGUCAUGAUUCAAGCCAGUUACUUAAUGGCCUCAAGACAGCAGCUACAAGCGUGUGGGAAACCAGAAUCAAGCUCUUGUGCUGUUGCAUUGGGAAAGACGACCAUACUCGGGUUGCUUUUUCGAGUACGGCAGAGCUUUUCUCAACCUACUUUUCAGACACAGAUCUGGUGCCCAGCGACAUUGCGGCAGGCCUCACCCUGCUUCAUCAGCAGCAGGACAAUAUCAGGAACAGCCAGGAGCCUGCCGAGGUGGUCAGCCACACCCCAGGGAGCUCGCAGGAAGCUGAUCUGGAUGCAGAAUUAGAAAACUGCCAUCAUUAUAUGCAGUUUGCAGCAGCGGCCUACGGGUGGCCUCUCUACAUCUACAGAAACCCCCUUACGGGGCUGUGCAAGAUUGGUGGUGACUGUUGCAGAAGCAGAACAACAGACUAUGACUUGGUCGGGGGUGAUCAGCUCAACUGCCAUUUCGGCUCCAUCCUGCAGACGACAGGGCUGCAGUACAGGGACUUCAUCCACAUCAGCUUUCAUGACAAGGUUUACGAGCUCCCAUUUCUAGUGGCUCUGGAUCACAGGAAAGAAUCUGUCGUAGUCGCCGUGAGGGGAACCAUGUCUAUGCAGGACAUCCUCACAGACUUGUCGGCAGAGAGCGAGGUGCUGGACGUGGAGUGUGAGGUACAGGACCGCCUGGCACACAAGGGUAUUUCUCAAGCUGCCAGAUACGUUUACCGACGACUCAUCCAUGAUGGGAUUUUGAGCCAAGCCUUCAGCGUUGCUCCUGAAUACCGGCUGGUCAUCGUCGGCCACAGUCUCGGGGGCGGGGCGGCUGCCCUGCUGGCCACCAUGCUCAGAGCCGCCUACCCGCAGGUCAGGUGCUACGCCUUCGCCCCACCCCGGGGGCUGUGGAGCAAAGCUCUGCAUGAAUACUCUCAGAGCUUCAUCGUGUCACUCGUCCUGGGGAAGGAUGUCAUUCCCAGGCUCAGUGUGACCAACUUGGAAGAUCUGAAGAGAAGAAUCUUGCGAGUGAUCGCGCACUGCAGUAAACCCAAGUACAAGAUCUUGCUACAUGGAUUGUGGUACGAACUGUUUGGAGGAAAUCCCAACAACUUUCCCACUGAGCUGGACGGGGGUGACCACGAGAUUCUGACACAGCCUCUUCUUGGAGAGCAGAGCCUGCUGACACGCUGGUCCCCGGCCUACAGCUUCUCCAGCGACUCCCCACUGGACUCUUCUCCCAAGUACCCCCCUCUCUAUCCUCCCGGCAGGAUCAUCCACCUGCAGGAGGAGGGCACCUCGGGGCGGUUUGGCUGCUGCCCUGCUGCUCAGUAUAGCGCCAAGUGGUCACAUGAAGCAGAAUUCAGCAAAAUCCUCAUAGGUCCGAAGAUGCUCACAGACCACAUGCCGGACAUCCUGAUGUGGGCCUUGGACAGCGUGGUCUCCGACCGAGCAGCCUGCGUCUCCUGUCCAGCACAAGGGGUCUCCAGCGUGGACGUGGCCUGACCAGGGCUACUGCAAACUCUCCCAGGAACGACAGACUCAUGCUUUUGUCCUUAAUUCCUGACUUACGAUCCAAGGAAUUCCCAUGACGCCAAUACAGUUGGACGUCCACCAACAGGAAGUGGAUGGGAACAGAACCCUAUGGUCUCAGUGACUGAACAACUGAUGGGAAGUAAUUGUGGCCAUAAUAGUAGCAGAAGCAGUGAGCACGCUCAGGGGACAGGAGGGCUCCCGAGACCAGUGAACAUGGAGGCAGCCUCGGGAAGCCCCGGCCUGCAGCUGGAUCCCUCGGCUGUCUGAGAACUGCUCCAGAAAUGCAGGAAUCCAGCGGGUCACCCACCCCCAAGCCAGCCCUUUUCACUGAACGUGGUCUAGAGAAAUGCAGUUUGUUUUUCUAACUGGGCUUCCCCUGGCUGUGCAAAUGAAACUAUUGGGAGAGUGUGGGCUGGGGUUUUCUCCUGGGUAUCACCAAGGGCAGCCCUGGGCUCUGGUUGGGGAUGAAAAUGAAACCCAGUUGGGGAAUCGAGUGGAGCCCAUGCCCCAAGCCACAGCUCCUGUUCACACCACCCAGUUGUGUCCACAUCAAGAGUUAUUUAAUUCUUGCUUAUUCUUCUGGCUCUGGGGUCAGCCAGUGGAUUCAGGAGUUAAAACAAUAAAGCACGCAUCACAAUA